AUGCUUAAAGAACGUCGCGCACACAAAAGUAAUCGAUCAUGGUGGGCAUCAUUGCUCUUAGCAGCAGCGUUAAAAUACGCUCAAGCACAAUGUCCUUGGAAAGAUUCGCCAAUAUUACAGUCAGCCUGUGUCUGCGCCCUCAAUUUAGCACGAGACUUAUCUGUACAAUGUGACCAGGUGGACUUCGCAAUGCUAUUGACAGCGCUAAAUUCAAACGCACGCAAAAUUUCAAUAGACUUACUCUACGUUAACAAUUCCAGCAUCCCCGUACUCGGUGACGACAUGUUCGAAAACCUCAAAAUUCACAAUUUACAGAUAUCUGGUUGCAAAAUGAAAAGAAUAGAAGACGAUGCAUUUAGAGGGCAAGGUCCGUAUUUAAAAAAUCUCAACUUACAGGACAAUGAGUUGAGUGAAGUACCAGUUAAGACUCUAAGAGUUUUAACGAAUUUAUCUCUGCUUGAUCUAUCGAAAAACAGGAUAACGCGUGUGGGAAAUCACGCGUUCAUUACCCUCCAUAAAUUAACAACGUUAAAAUUAUCUGAUAACAAUGUAACUUUAGAAUCGCAAGCAUUAACAGGUUUGGAAAAUUCCCUGAAAAAUCUAAAUUUAAAGGGCACAAGACAGAAAGUUGUUCCAGAAUGCAUAAAAGGCCUUCGUAGUCUAGCGUUCCUAGACUUAUCUCAAAACAGUAUCAGAGAAUUACCAGGACCUGAUGGCAGUCGCAAUUUCGAAGGGUUAAAUUCUUUGACAGCGCUUAAUUUAGAGAGAAAUUUAUUGGUAAAUUUGAAAGAAGACGCUUUUACCGGUAUUAAAAACACAUUAAGUUCAUUGAGCUUACUAAAUAAUUUAUUGCCAGAAUUCCCAACGGCAGCCAUCGGAACAUUAACCGAACUGAGAGUGUUGGAUAUUGGAUUUAAUUUGUUAAACAAACUACCUUCUGAUGCUUUUCUUAAGAAUCCUUCAAUAACAUUAUUAGCAUUAGAUGGAAACCCUUUACCUACCGUUCCAGAGGAAGCUUUAGCUCAUUUAAAUCACACAUUACGUGGUCUUAGUAUUGGAGGAAGAUUUUUAAACUGUGAUUGUCGUCUCCGUUGGAUAAUAGAAUGGAUACGUAGCGGUGAGUUACAAGUCACCUCUCGUGAAAGAAGUCCUCAAUUUUGUGGACAUCCACCGCACUUUAGGGAUCGUGGCUUUUACAGUUUUGAACCAAAUGAACUUGUUUGCGAGCAAGAAUCUACAACACCGCUGCAAGUUACGCUAAACUUAACAACAAUGAGCACCCCUUCUCCUUCCACAACAGCGAAAGAAAAUAUCAAUAUAAACACAAGUCCAACGACGACUUCAAAAACUAGCGUCCGAACCACAAUACAUAGUUCAACAACAAUAGUGCCUUCUAGCUCAGGUCCUAGUGAAGACACUACAGCUAAAACAGCAAUCACACAAACAACAACAACAACAAGCAGCGAACGACCAAGUCGCACAUCCUCCAUAAAACCAGCCGCACCUACUUGGCGGCACAAUUCUAAUCAACGACCUCCACUAGUAAUGAACUUUCCCCAACAAAAGCCAAAAAUAGACGAUUCCAACGAAGUCAUUGUAAAAAAUGCAUACAGGCAAGACAAUUCUGUAAUAAUACAAUGGGAUUCAGAUGUCGCUAAUAUACUCGGUUUCCGUGUAGUAUAUAGAUUGUUUGGUGAUAAAAGCUUCAAGCAGGGACCACCAUUAGAAGCCAGCGAGAGAGAAUUCAAAAUUAAAAAUGUUCCGUCUCAGGAAUGUAUUGUUGUCUGUGUAAUCUCGUUGGAAGAAGUGCAUGUGAGUCCCGAGACAGUACCAUACGCGCAGUGUCGAGAAGUACGCACAGUAUCGGCUGCCGCAUCCAACAUGGAUAAAAUAACAAUAGCUGCAAGUGCAGCUAUCUGCGGUACUAUCGUCGUUGCAGUCCUAAUUUUUGCGGUGGCAUCGCGACGCCGAUCACGGGCCGUGCACCGACUGCAGCUGCACAGUCAGGCUCCAGAGAAGAUGCCUAGCACCUGCUGUGGCGGUCUUCCUGGAACGCCAAGUCCCAGCGGACCACUAUCAUCGUUGACAACGAUCGGCGCAUUUGGAAAGCAGCGUGAGUGGGAUCAAGUGUCAGCUUAUAGUGCACGUUCGAUCCCCCGCGCACGUACCUAUACAGAACCGGCUGCUCCGGAUCCCUUACCAGGCCGACCAGGCCGUACUCGUUCCCUUGCAGAUGGUCAAUCCCAACAUAGUCACUCUCAUUCCAAUCGCUAUGGUGCGCCGGGAUAUCCGGGCAGUUUGUUAGGAUCGAGAGCCGAUCUUCGCCAAUCACGCCAAUCGUUAGGCGCAACUUCGGAACGAGCGUCUCGAUUGUCACUUAGCGGUGCAGCUGGUGGAGCGACCGGUGCUACUGCUGGCUCUAGGAGAAGACCGCGGUCGAGAUCGCGACCAGCUAGCCGAUAUAGCGUCGGCUCUAUAGGAUUAGGCUAUUGUGACACUUCCGACAACUGGACUGAUCACGAUAUGGAUAUAUACAUGGCGCGAAACGCGACAGCAAGAGGCGGGCUGGUGCCGUUAUAG